AUCAUAGCAGCGCGGCCGUGUCCGUUUCCUCCUCCGUCGCCACCACCACCACCACCUCCUCUUCUCCCCUCCCCUCCCCUCCCCGGCGUCCCCUCGGACCCCAUUCGCCGAUGCGGCGGGUACCCAAACCCUAGCCCGAUCCAGACGGCGAUGGCGACCGCCCGCGCGGGGGGCGCGCCGCACGUCACCGGCGACCGCUACCUCGACCUGCUGGUCCGCUUCGUGGGCCGCCACGCGGGGGCGCUGCUCGACGGCUCCGUCACCCUGCGCCUCCACCCCGUGGGGCUCCACUACGUCGCCUCCCGCCUCGAGGCGCUGCGCGAGCUGGAGGCCGUCGGUGCCGGCGCGCCCGUCGACUACCUCCGCGCCUACGUCGCCGACCUCGGCGACCACCGCGCGCUCGAGCAGCUCCGGCGGAUCCUGCGCCUGCUCACGUCGCUCAAGGUCGUGGCCGCCGGGCCGGGGCGGGACCCGGCGCCGCUCUCGCUCCUGCCGUUCGCGCGCCUCCGCGUGCUCGAGCUGCGUGGGUGCGACCUCUCCACCUCCGCCGCCAGGGGCCUGCUCGACCUCCGCCACACCCUCGAGAGGCUCAUCUGCUACAAUUCCACGGAUGCUCUUAGGCAUAUCUUCACAAGCAGGAUCAUGGAUAUCAAGGAUUCACCCACAUGGGGCCGUCUGUUGUAUGUGUCUUGUGCUUCAAAUGGUCUCAUGCUCAUGGAUGAGUCAUUGCAGUUGUUACCUGCAGUUGAAAUCCUUGAUCUUAGUCGGAACCGGUUUGCAAAGGUGGAUAAUCUGCGAAAAUGCACAAAGCUACGGAAUCUAGAUCUUGGAUUUAACCAUUUGCGUUCUAUAUCAUCCUUGAGCGAGGCUUGCAGUCGAAUUGUUCAACUUGUACUGAGAAAUAAUGCUUUAACUGCAUUACAUGGGAUUGAAAAUCUAAAGUCACUUAUGGACCUUGAUCUGUCUUACAACAUCAUCUCAAAUUUCUCAGAGCUGGAAAUACUCGGUAGCCUUUCUUUGCUACAGAACCUAUGGUUGGAAGGCAACCCAAUCUGCUGUGCUCGUUGGUAUCGAGCACAUGUUUUCAGUAUUUUCCACAACUCAGAAAUUUUGAAGUUAGAUGAUAAAGGUAUGAACACACAAGAGUACUGGGAAAAACAAGUAAUGUUUUCAAGCAGACAAAAGCAACCUGCUGGCUAUGGAUUUUAUUUUCCUGCAAAAGAUGACCAUGAGGAUGAAGACACUUUGAAUUCAAAGACGAGAAAGAUUUCCCGACUUGCAUUAAUCGUGGAGGAAGAGAAAGGUCUCUGUGAUGAAAGUGUGGACCAGCAGACCACCCCCCACGAAAGUGACAGUUCUAAGAAGGAUGAAGUUGCAGCUACUGAUAAUGACAUAAAAAUUAUUUCUUUGAUCCAUACAGCUGAAUUGUUGAAGAAAGAAAAAUCAACUGAUUGGCUGCGUGAAUUUAAGGAGUGGAUGGAUGAAAACAUGGAGAAUACAGAAGUGGACAACCUUUACAUAGAUUUCCACAGUAGCAAUGGAAAGUAUGAGGAACAAAAGAAAAGGCAGAAAACUCAAAAGAAGAACUCAAAGAACAUCUCAGACUUGGUGCAGACAUCAGAAGGUGGCAGCAGCUUGAAUCUUUUGGAAUCAGACUUAUCUUUCGUUGAUGAUGCAUGCUAUGGUGCUAAUGGUGUUACCACAGAAUCCUCGCAUAAAGGGAAUAUACACCAGGCCCCUUUAAGGCUGGACUUGAAUUCUUCCCAGCAACUUCCUCCACUAAAUUGUGUAGCCACUUCACAUGCUGAUUCUUUUUGUGAGAUGGAAUAUGGCACUGGCAGCUUGCAUACAAAUGGAGUUUCAUCAAAUCCGAUGAACAAGCUGAUAGAACCGAGUCUAUCCUUCACAAAUUCUAGUCCGGGGUCACCCCCUCAAUACAAGGAGGACAUUCUACAUCGAAGACUUUGUAUGGAGGAAGAAUUUUUGCAGAUUUCAGCAGACUUUGACUGUGCUUGUUCGCUUGGUGGUAGUAGCAGUUGCAGCGAUGACUCUUCAGGUGAUUUAUGUUCAUGCAAUUCCGAGGAUGGUUGUGUUGCAAUCCUAAGUAAAAUGGAGUUGUAUCUCAAUGGUGAUUAUGAGGGAAAGGAUGGGAUUGAAUAUUAUUCUGGAAAACAUAGUUUGCCUAAUUAUUCAGCAGAUGAUUUCCCAAAUUUUACAGAUUCCGUUGAGUUUGGUAUUAAGGAGUUACAUGAUAGGUACAAGAGCAAUGGGCAUUUAGGUGAAGGUUCAGAUCAUUUGGUCAGACAACAAAGUAAUCAGAAGUUGAAGAUGUGGAUUCCUCAUCUUUUUAAGAAUCACAAUGGCACUAAAAUAGUAUUUCAAAAGGUUAAUGGAGAUGAAAUGGAUGAUGGGGUUUCAGGGAACGGCCAUCUGGGAUGCAACCUGAAAAACCAUACUCGUUGCAAGGAAAUCAACUUAGAAAACCAUAAUUCAAGUAUCCUGCAAAAGGAUAACUUACGUGCCAGUGCCAAUACAGUUUCUUGUGACACUGAAAAAUACAAGCUUAUAGGUGAUUUCUUCAAUUUAGAAAUUGCAUGCGAUGCAUCUGAAAUAUGUGAGAGGACAGCCUUUUGUGGAUACAUAUUUCAAGAUGGAGCUGGAAGUGAUUUGGUUCAAAGAGAGGUAGCUUUGCUGAAAAGUUCUCAAAAUAAACUACAUAUUCUACUUGUUGAUAUGGUUCAAGAUGGACAAGACACUAUGCCGAGAGUUUUGGGCAGCUAUUGGCUGGAAGAUCUGGAGAAUAUUUUGGUUGGACUGGGUCUACAGACACUGAGGGUACGCAUGGCAGAUAAUACAACCCACCUAUUCUUGACAAGGACUUCCAAGGAGGCACAAGAUAUACUUGGGCUCUUAACCGUGUCAAAUUUUCCACAAUUAACCAGUAGUAUAUCUUUGCAAAGCUGGGAGAAGGUCCAACUUAAAUUGCUUGAGAAAUGUACUCAUGCAAAUUUGGAGAUGGGGAUAUAUCUAUACUCGUUGUUGUUGUUUUGGAAGAAUGAUGCUGAAGAAGGAUCCCUUGUUGUUAGAUCCCUCACUGUUACUGAAGGGUCAUUAUUUGUGUGUAUCGAGAACCUACAUCAGUUUGGUUCCAUCCCUGAUGAUUCGGAUACUCCAUAUUUUUCUCUUGAUGCUUGUUGUUUCAUCAACAAUAUUCAAGAAGUGGUUGUGGAUCAUUAUGACAAGAAAUGUUUGACAUUAGUUUUGGACAACCAUGCACAUGAAGGAAGAAUUUGCAGUAACGGUAGCAUUACAAGUUCACAGAACAAGCAGUCGGAUGAAAUUUACACAGUACAUACGUGGAAACUUAAGUGGUUCUCUGAAGAAACAGUUGUGAAGUUCAUUUCUUUACUUAAAGCUCUUUACUGGGCAUCAGCCUCUUCAUCUUUACCUGUAAAGUGUAUAUCUUGAUGUGUUAGGUUCUUGUAGUUCCAUAGUGAUAUUCGUUCAUUCUUUGGGGUUGUAUUUAGUUCUUAAUCUGUACAGUUUGUUCGCUAGUUCCUCCUAUAGUUAUGUGCUUCUUGUGUUCUUUGUAGAAUCAGAAAAUU